AUGCGUGUUCUCUAUACACGUGCUCGCAUCGUUGGAAAGUCGUCAGGUUUUCCUCUCGCUACGCGGAGACUAACUGAUCUUUUCUUUCGUGGACCGAGGAACAUGGAGAAUUUAGUACAACAACUGCUAAAGGCAUUUACUUAUGCCCAGAAGAAUUGGGACAAAGUGGGCAAGAAGUGGUUUGAAUCGUUUACGAUCCCGAAGGCUGACAAGCAAGUCACUACAGCCAUCACGAAGUAUUAG